CCGCUCGCCGCCCGCCGCGCCCCAGCGCCUGCCGGAGCCGUCGCCGCGCCGCCCGCGCACCCCCGAAGCGGCCGGGCCCGAGCCCUCCUCGGCCCUCUGCUCGUCCUGCCCGCCCCGCACCGGCCUUCACUCUGGAGCGGCCCCGGCAGCCGCAGCAGGGGCGGCGGCGGCGGAUCGAGGAGCUCUCCAGGUCGUCCCGGGAGAGGCUGCUGCAGUCCCGGGACAAGAUGUUCUCCAAGUUCACCUCCAUCCUGCAGCACGCCGUGGAGGCGCUUGCACCUUCUCUUCCUUUACAAGAAGAUUUUGUUUAUCACUGGAAGGCAAUUACCCAUUACUACAUAGAGACUUCGGAUGAUAAAGCCCCAGUGACAGAUACAAAUAUUCCCUCUCAUCUGGACCAGAUGUUAGGUAUUUUGCUACAAGAAGAACGAGAGCGAGAGUUCGGAGUGACAGGGCCGUGUAUGGAAUAUUUGCUCCAUCACAAGAUCUUGGAAACAUUAUAUACCUUAGGAAAAGCUGACUGUCCUCCAGGAAUGAAGCAGCAGGUUUUGGUGUUCUACACUAAACUCCUGGGGAGAAUCCAGCAGCCGCUGCUUCCACACAUUAAUGUCCACAGGCCAGUGCAGAAAUUAAUUCGACUCUGUGGGGAAGUCCUUGCAACACCGACAGAAAAUGAAGAAAUCCAGUUUCUCUGUAUCGUGUGUGCAAAGCUGAAACAAAAUCCUUACUUGGUUAAUUUUUUUCUGGAGAAUAAGUUGAAAUCCCUGGCUUCCAAAGGCACAGCAGAUGUCAUUUCAGAAGAGUCCUUGAAAGGUCAGGAUUCCUUGUCAACAGACACGGGACAGUCCUGUCAGCCAGAGGAACUGUCUGGAGCCGCGGGCCUGGAGCCCCCAGAGUUCGAAGACGAGUCGCCUCAGCCGGCGGACGAGCUGUCCACCAGCUUGGAUAACCUCGCUGUCGCCCCACUGCCGGAGGCCACGGUUGUUCGUCCAAACCAGGAUUACAACCUAGUGAAUUCCUUGUUGAAUCUCACUAGAAGUCCUGACGGCCGGAUCGCUGUGAAAGCCUGUGAGGGCUUGAUGCUGUUAGUCAGCCUGCCGGAGCCCGCGGCGGCCAAGUGCCUGACGCAGAGCACGUGCUUGUGCGAGCUGCUGACCGACAGACUCGCCUCCCUGUACAAGGCCCUACCUCAGUCCGUGGACCCGUUAGAUAUUGAAACAGUGGAAGCAAUUAACUGGGGCUUGGACUCCUAUAGUCACAAAGAAGAUGCUUCAGCGUUUCCAGGAAAACGAGCCUUAAUUUCAUUUCUUUCCUGGUUUGAUUAUUGUGAUCAACUCAUAAAGGAAGCACAGAAGACCGCUGCUGUUGCUCUGGCCAAAGCUGUUCAUGAAAGAUUUUUUGUCGGAGUUAUGGAACCUCAGUUGAUGCAAACUUCUGAGAUGGGUAUCCUGACCUCGACUGCUCUGCUCCAUCGCAUUGUUCGGCAAGUAACCUCUGACGUUUUGCUUCAAGAAAUGGUGUUUUUUAUCCUUGGAGAACAGAGGGAACCGGAAACUCUGGCAGAUAUUAGCAGACACCCUUUAAGACAUAGGUUAAUAGAACAUUGUGAUCACAUAUCUGAUGAGAUAAGCAUAAUGACAUUAAGAAUGUUUGAACAUCUUUUACAAAAACCCAACGAACACAUUCUUUACAACUUGGUCUUAAGAAAUCUCGAAGAAAGAAAUUAUACCGAGUAUAAGCCUGUGUGUCCAGAAGAUAAAGAUGUGGUGGAGAACGGAUUGAUAGCAGGAGCCGUAGAUCUAGAAGAAGACCCAUUAUUUACGGACAUUUCGCCGGAUAACACUCUGUCAAAUCAAGAAUGGCUUAGUUCUUCACCCCCUGCUACUCCAGACCACCCCAAAAACGAUGGGAAAACGGAAGUCCAUAAAAUUGUAAAUAGUUUUCUCUGUCUGGUACCCGAUGAAGCAAAAUCGUCCUACCAUGUCGAGGGCACUGGAUAUGACACCUACCUCCGAGAUGCUCACAGGCAGUUCCGGGACUACUGCGCUAUCUGCUUAAGAUGGGUGCCUGGGUCUCCAAAGGCAUUGGAAAAGUGCAAUUUAGAAGCUACUUUCUUUGAAGGCCAUUUCUUGAAAGUUUUAUUUGACAGAAUGGGAAGAAUUCUUGAUCAGCCAUAUGAUGUAAAUUUACAAGUCACCUCCGUGUUAUCUAGACUUUCUCUCUUCCCUCAUCCGCACAUACAUGAGUACCUUUUGGAUCCUUAUGUGAACCUUGCUUCUGGCUGUAGAUCCCUCUUCUCUGUCAUCGUCAGGGUUGUCGGAGACCUGAUGGUCCGAAUCCAGCGUAUUCCAGACUUUACUCCCAAGCUUCUGUUAGUCAGAAAGCGAUUGCUUGGCUUGGAACCUGAAGGCCCCAUGAUUGACCACAUCACAUUGCUGGAGGGCGUGAUCGUGUUGGAAGAGUUCUGCAAGGAGCUGGCGGCAAUCGCUUUUGUGAAAUACCACGCUUCCUCCACACCGUAAACAGCCUCCUCCAAGUAACGUCGGGAGCGGAACUGUAGUCUACAUUUCAUCAAAAAGGACUCAGCUUCACCCAGCUGAGAGGAUAAAAAGCCUUUUUAAAUGAAGUACUGCUGUAAACUGGACAGGACCAUUAAGAACCCAUUGAGUGGACAUUCUCAGUAAUGUUGUAUAAUGUUUUCAUUGGCUUUACCAUAAUGGUUCUAUAUGUCAGAUUGCACAUCCUUGAAUCCAGGAUACAAUCAAAGGAACUUCAGGAAAUAAGCAUUUCUAAUGCCUGUGUGAAAAGCUGCAAAAUUUCCGAUGUCAUGACUUUGAUGAUAUUUCUUUUAUUUUAAUAUCCUUUUAGGUAGCAAGGCAUUAUGACAUUCUCUGGGACUCAAAUGCUUAUAUUCUUUUGGAUUAAUAAGUAGCAAAGAAAAAAAAAAACAAACUAAUUUUAUAACUUUUUAAGGUCAGAAUUCUUAUCAAACAAAAUAUGAAAAAAACUGUAAAUGAGAAAAAAUACAAUUCAGAAACCAUCAAAUGAGUUAGUAGGAGAUAAAAAUGUGUAGAGCACCAUUAACUUUCUUCAGCUUUUCUAAGAAUAACGAUUUAAUAUGAUAAAGAAGUUCUUGAUUAAUAUAAUAUAUAUUUUUUAAAGAAACAUUCUUUUACUCUUUUGUGCACAUAGCCAUGUUAGUGAUUGAUUUUCACGUCUGGGUCCCAGUGUAUUUAAACGGUGUCAUUUUUGCAACAAUGUUGAAUUCGUGCUCUCCAUUGGUAAUGUUUGCUAAAAUAGUAUUUUUUUAAGCUAAUGAACACAUGUUGGGUUGAGAACCUUUUUUUUCUUCUAUCUGUCCCUGUCUGAAAGUUGCUGUAUAAAAAUUGCUUUAUAAUUUGGUUUCUUAUUGGAAUACAUGGUAGUGUCCAGGCGGAUAACUCUUAGGCAGCAAUCAAAAUGCCAGUGGGCCUCCUCAGUGUUUACAGUUUGAAUGUUUGUUUUCAUUGUUCAGUCUUUUGUUUUAAAUGAUUCUAAAGAGAUUUAAAAGAAAACCAGUCUGUCCUGUUUACACCUUAAGGAAUUUGGGUGAAUUGGGUCUGCAUGAAGAACUGCCUGUUAGGUCGGCCAAGCCACCGUGCAUGGCGAGCUUCUCCUGGAUGCCUUGUGCGCAUCGCUUUCCCUUCUGCCUUCGGUGAUGUUGUCACUCAGAUGUUGCUUUUAAGCUUCUCCUUCCUCUCCUCCUCUUCUUUCUGUUGAAAUGUUAAGCAGCAGCACUUUGCGCCUUACCUUUCCAUUGACUGAUAUUUUACUGGGGGGAGCGGAUGAUCGAACUUUCCAGCUUGGAAGGAACUGUCGCUGCUCCUGGUAAGAAGUUGUUUUGUGUAGCGUCUUCGCAGAUGUACGUCAUGUGGGACUUGCAGAGAAGCAUGUUUUACACCUUCUGCUGAUUUUGUGGUAUUUGUUUUUCUGAUUUAUAGUUAGUUUUAGCUAUCAGGACAAAAGAGCAAAAGGUGAUGAAUAUUCUUGGCUCUGGAAUGCUUCCCAAUGUUAAGACUUAAUCCAAGUCUUUGUUGGCUCAGUCUAAGCACACUUACUGAGCAGAACAAGGGAACAAGGGAAAAAACAAAAGUGGAAGAUGGUUACAUUUGUGUGUGAUUUUCUUCAAAUGAUUUUUAAUGGUGGGAAAGCAUUGAUUGUUCAGUGCUCGGUAUUUAUUGGUCAGCCCACGCAAGGACCACUGCAGCAUUUCCAUUUUAGACAUAGUUGUUGUCUACUUUGAUGUAGGUUUAUUUAAAAUAAGGCAUUAGGAGAUAUUAGAUAUUUCUUAAUGUUUUCGUAGUGCUCAAUGGGUGUACGAGCAAUAUUACCUCUCAAGCCAAAUACUAUUUUAUCCUUGAGUUCACAGUGGGACCUUGGAGCUAAUACAUGACACCAAGCUCUGAAAAGCUUUAACUUUUAUAUUUUUGUCUAUGUAUGCUGCUUCUUAAAACAUAAUUAUUUUCCUAAGUUAUUGUAAUGAUUUUUGAUCUGUAGUCAGCUAAAGCUGAAAGUGUAAGUUGUUUCUCUUCUAAGUUUCUCUCUUUCUUUCUUCUAGCUGUUUAGUUCAGACAGACCUAGAGCCAGCACAAGUUCUCACAGUGAGUCGGAUUUGUCAGUGAAACAACGUGCUAUAUUACUAGUCUUUUUCAUACUGUCUUGUGAAAGCUAAAUAUUUGCAUUACUCAGUGACUUCAGUGCACUGUGUUGGGUGGAAGGUACCACCUUCACAAAUGAUUGCCAUAGCAAGUUCCAAGCUGAAUUUUAGCCCUGCUUCACAUCAGUAUAAAUAGGUAUGCACAUUUUUUUAACUUUCUAACAGUAUAGUCUUUGACUUUAUUUUUAGUAAUGAGCCACAUUCUUUACUUGAUAGAACUCAGAUUUGUCCUAAACCAAUUAUCAUUGUAGUACUCACAUUAUAACUAUGUAAUGUUCUCAUAAUGUAUCUGUCUGUGCAAUAUGGAAGCUAUGAGAGGAUUCAUAGCCCUUUGGUUUAAUUGUACAUUAUUUUGUGUGAACAUGUAUAUAUAUAUAUAUAUAUAUGUAUGUGUGUGUGUGUGUGUGUAUAUAUAUAUAUAUAUAUAUAUAUAUAUAUAUAUGGACCAAAAUCCUUAGCUUGCUUACACUGUUGCUAGUGUAAAAAUUGUUACACUUAAUUUUACGGGGCACAAAUUAUGGAAUUACUUCAUAAUUCAUGAUGACAUAUUUCCAUAAAUUACUGCAUUAAUAUACAGUUCCCAUUUAAUUAUGAAGUUCACAGGUAUUGACAGAAGUUGCAGUCAUGUGCUGAAACCACAAAUUAUAUGGCAGUUAUAUUUUGGGUUGUAUAAUUAAUCAAAAUAUGCAUGUCCUUGUGACACUUGAUAUGUUAAAACAUGAUAGAUAAUCAUAUUUCUGGGCCCUGUAAAAUAGUGUUACUAUAAUACUCUGGCCUCCUGCCUUGUUUACAUUAAACAAAGGAUAUUUGGUGAAUUUUUCUAUUGAGCAUUGUGUAGGUUACUGACAGUAUUACCAAGGCUGGAAUUCUUGGGCCAUCUGUGAAGAAAAACUCUUCGGAUGGCGAUUGUGUACCUACUAUCUCUCCAAAAGGAGGUUGUGAUUAAGUUCAACUUUUUGUGCUAAUGAUGCAUGCAGGACUAAGAGGGAUAAUCAAAAAAUAAAUAAUGUAAUUUAA